AAUAAUGAGUUAGUUGACUUUAAUUGGGAACACAUGGAAAUGUCAGGGCAGCAUGUAAACAGCAGCAACAGGGAAGAGCAGGCUGUAAUUAAGGUUCUGGUGCCUAUUCUGGAUGGAUUGAUCUUAGUCACUGGCCUGGUAGGACAAAUCCUCGUCAUCACAAUUCUGACAGGCAGGAGGAGACGUGACGGUCACCCCCCACAUGGUACAGACACCCUCCUGCUUGCUCUGAGUGCGGCUGAUUUACUAUUGUUGCUUUGCCUUCCCUUCCACACGUCAGCCAUCACGUUGGGAUUUUGGCCUUUCGGCAGCUUCCUGUGCAAAGCCGUCAGCUUCCUAAGCGUGGCCUGCUCAUCUGCAUCUGUCUUUACGUUGGCUGCACUGGCUGUGACUCGCUACCUCACAGUGGUCCACCCAACCUGGGCAUACCGCUCCAGAAUGCAGAGACGCGUGAAAGUGACAGUCGCUCUUCUUUGGCUCCCUGCAUCAGUAUUAGCUGCACCGCAGUUUGCCUUCCGCACCGUAACCACGUCCAGAGCUGUAUACUGCUUUGCUUUUCUCUCAAACUUCAGCCAACUUGUUUACAGCAUCAGCCUCUUCUUUUUUGGCUUUGCUCUACCUCUGGGAAUCAUAGUGCUGAUGUACGCAAAGAUCUACUGUUUCCUGCGACAUGCACGGCUGUUUGGGAAUGCUCCUCAGCUGGAGCGCUACCAGAGUCAAGUCACCAACACCUCAGCUCUUUUAGUCCUGGUUUUCACUCUACUCUGGUUGCCCUCCUAUGCGCUCAUGUUCUCCUUCAUUGGAGGAACUAUUCAAGGCUCACCGGGGUACAACACUAUCGCCAUCUUGGUCAGAUUGUUGGCGUCCUCAGUAGCAGUGGUUAACCCCGUGCUCUAUGGCUUUAUGUCUCAGAAAUUUAGAAGAGAGCUGCUUCAGCAGGGGAGAGAACGCUGGAACUUCUGCAAAAACUCUCUGGCUGCUUGUCCUCACAUGAUGAUGGGCGGGGACCUGGUAGAAAGCUUUGAGCUGGACACAAGCUCAGAAGCCUGAACUGCCACACUACCUUAUUUACAUCUGGGUGCGUACCAUGAUUCGAUUAGAAAACAUUAUGAUUUAUAACCUGUUGAUAUGAUUCAUCGUUUAAUGAGUAUAAUAAAAACAUAAAAAAUCAGACCGCAUGCAUUGGCAGGAAUUUUAAAUAUGCGGACAUAGUUUCUACACGGCUGUUGCAAUAGAGCGCACAUGAGAGAGGUGGUGUGU